AUGAUAAGGAAACGAGACAAGGAAAAGCCCACCUUCGAAUGCAUCGAAAUGGAUGACAUAAAAAGGCUGCACGAAACAGCAGAGAAGGAAAAUUCCGAUGAGGACAAAAUAAGUCUUGAUGACCUGAGUGUGUGUUCCCCAAGUAAGUUACACAAACAGUCUGACCUGACGGAGGACGAGGAGGAAGAACAGGAAAAGCUGAUCCACUCGAAACUCUACGAAAGUAUGAACCAGACAAACAGUAACGUCCAGAAGAAGGACACACACUGGUUCGAUGGCGUCGAUGACAGUGACGACGGGGAUGAUCCCGACAGUGAUGAAAAGGGAAACUCUCCCCCAUUUGUGAAUAAAUUUCCUAACUUGCUCCUAAUUGGAGGUGACCAACAGGGAGGACCAGACGACAUCCACGAUGGUGGCAACCACAACGGUAACUACAAUAACAAUCCGCCAGGAAAUCUACCUGGUAACUCCACUCACAUGGAGGAGCAACCACCACCGGAAAAGUACAUGAACUGUUCAGGCGAAAGUGAAAGAAUUGAAAAGCCAUCCGAUGAUACAUACACAGGUGGGAGGAAUACCCUUUGCAGUGAAAUGGGGAAGGAUAACCUCCCCGAAAUGAAAGAAGGGGGAUACACACAGAUGAAUCAACAUGCAGGAAAGAACGAACUGGAAAAAUGGAGGAAAUAUGUGUCCUCUGAUGAGGAAGGAGAGAAGGCACAAACUGGUAAAACCACCGUCAAUGCGGCAAACCAACGUUUAGAAGUAGCCGAGGGGGAAGACAUAAAGGAGAGGGUAUCCAACCAGAGUGACCACAGUGAUGUAAGCGAAAGCCAUAUCGGCGUCCGCCCUUCUGCGAUUCCACCUACUCCGCUGAACCCUGAAGUGACACACAGGAUAGACCCCAAACGUAACGAUCAAUGUGAUUAUGCCAAAUGGGGAAAACAAGCGAAUCGCUCACUGGGGGGAAGCCGCUCUGGGAAAACACGCAAACAGUACAAUGAACGGGUAGAUGAACGGGGUAAGAUUUGUGCUAUACCGUUGCUUCACUCAAGCAGGCAAAACAGUGAUGAUGAGGACAGCUCUCCUUUAUUUCAGUUAGGCCCAGAUAGAUGGGCGACCUCACGGGUCAGCACUUCCGAUAGGCACAAGGGAAGGAACUCCCAAGAGGAGGGUACUAACAAAAUGACACGGAUUAUUAGCCGCAUAGAGGAGUCUGUCGAGGAGAAAAAGACCCAAAAAGGGGGAAAGCAUAACAGAGGGGGAGGCAUCCAAGGUGGAAACGAAGGAAGUGACAGUGAUCAUUGUGAUGAUGACGGCCACGACGCCUGGCGGGCAGAACAGGUCGACACUGUUACCCCAGUGAGCCACAACAACAGUAACCCCGCUCUCCCACCCAUUCAAGUGACCUUUACGGAUACGCAAAAAGUUAAUAGAACGACCACCCCGAAGUACACGCUUAGGAAGUACGACUCCGGCAGUUAUUCAAACCAAGUGGGAUCUCCACCCAACGACAUGGGGGUUCCACUCAGUAAAAAGUCCUUCAGUAGCAGCCACGUUUAUUGCCAAAAUGGGAAGGAGGACGAAGAUCAGUGUGUCGAAAUGUAUGAUCGUUUGGAGAGACCGAGGGAGCUACAUCUAAGGGGGAGUGCACCCGAGGGAAAGCAUGCAGAAAGGCACGACCCCCACAGUGACGAGACGCACCGACAUGCAUAUCGAAUCGGUGUGAACAGUGUGAACGCAGCGGAAAACGUCCAGCAUGGCGGUAUGAGUGAUGAUCUGCCCAGCCGCCCUAAAGCGAACUCCACUGCACCCGUAAACGAUACACCCGCGCAGCAGUACGAACCGAGUUCCCCCACGAACGUCAGUAGGGUGUCACCAAGUAGUAUCCACAAGGAGAUGGAGGAGGAACAGAGACCCUUCAUGGAUGACACGCACUUUCAAGUGAACCCCAUUAAGCUCAACGACGCAAAAAUGGAGAAAUGCUUCCAUGCGAUUAAGGACUUAUGUAACGAACCGGAUGGGAAGAGGAAGAACAGUCCCAAUGACCGCAGGAAUGUAUCCCUAUGUAGUGAAUAUCUGGAUCGGCCGUUCGGGACGAGAAACUGUGAAGAGGGACGAAGGUGGAGUGAAUCACCUGACCGAAGGGAUCACCAAAAAUGGAGACACAUCGAUGGGGAGGACCCACCUAUACAGAAUGUGUGCAAAUCGAGUGACGUGAAUUUGUAUGAGAAUAAUUUUCAGUGUCUGUCACAGGUAGCGGUGGAGGAACAGCUCCCUCCAGAUAUUUACCAAUUUAUUUACAAGGAGAAUGAGCUCUGGGACAAGACAAGGGGGCGAAGUAACCUCCCAAGAAGGGAAGAGAGUGACAAGACAAUGGAACGAAGUGGUGAAGCAGUUGACCGCCAACCCGAGGGGAAGGGGGAUCCCUCCUCCGUUCGGACUGCUGCUGGCGUUGCCGUUCCCGUUGGUGUUACCGCUGGUGCUACCGCUGGUGCUACCACUGGCGGUGAAGAGGCCCCUGCCGGAACGGGCGGAAAAGUGAAGAGGCGAAUUAUCGACUGCAAGAAUGACCGCCUGAAAUGGGGAACGACCCAAGUGAUAAUUGACAUAGACGACACGAUCCGGUCGAGCGGCGGUUACAAGUUUUUCAACUACGCUUUGGGAGGAGUGGACGCUCAGUACCAGAGAGGAGAAACAUACCCAGGGUCCUUCCAGUUCAUUUUCGAGCUAGCCAUGAAUAAACUACCAGCAGAAGCAAAGCCCUUGUUGUUAUCCGUCCUUACAGCGAGAAUCCCACAAGUUCCCAUCACAGAGGAUUCUUUUUUAAACAAAAAAUUUAACGAAGUGGCAGAGAGGAGAGGAAUAAAAAGCUGGGGUAUCGACUGUGACAACAAAAUUCUCUACUCGACGUUGAAGGAGUGGGUAUGGAAUGAAACGAGAGGGGAAAAAAAAUUUGUAAACUUUAAGCACCUCCAUAAGUACGUGCUUCAGCAGAACUCACUCGUGAGGUACAUAUGGAUUGGAGACACUGGGGAUAUGGAUAAACAAGCUGGAGAAAUGAUGAUUCGUACUUACCCACAAAGGAUGAAAGCUGUUUUUUUGCACCACGUAAAAGGGAAGGAUGACAAUACAUUGCUCCCAAGUGACUACUUCAUUAAGUCUGUGCCUAUAUUUUUCUUUCGUACAUACAUCGGUGCUGCUACCAAAGCACAUGCUUACAAUCUGAUCGAUAAGAAGGGACUCACGAGGGUACUCGUGCAGGCUGUGCUUGACUUGGAAAAGAGCAAAGCCCCUGCAAGCUCCUCUAAAUGGGAAGAUCUUAUUAAGGACAUUAUAUUGAGUGACGCCAUGGACGAACUGGACAAGUACAACGCCGAGACGGUUAAUCGGACAAAAAAAAUAAUCGCACAGCGCAUGCGCGAGAUUUCCGAGAGGAAGCUGCACUUUAUCAGCUAG